UGCACUGUGACUGCUGCAGCUCGGCCAACACACAGCUCCAGCUCACCUGACCGGCUCAUAACCUGAAACAUUACUCAGAUUUUCUCCUCUGAAAAGUAUCGAGCACUAACUCUAACCGUGUCGGAGCGCGUCACGAGCCCCGGACAGCCCUCUCAUCUCUCCGCUCCAUGGCCAUUGCCGCCUCCCGCCCUCUCCCGUUGGGAGGUAACCUUCAAAGGCUCUGCGCGGCACGAUGGAUGACCAGCUGAGUGAUGGAGAUGGACAGAAUCAAAGGACGUGCUCCCUUCAUUGUGACCAGAUGAAGGGACACUUACCUUCUUCCAGCAGUGAGGGGAUGCACGCUGCAGCAUUUUGAUCUCCUUCAGAAUUGUUGCACCUAAAAAAAAAUCCUUUGGAGAUACUUUAAAUAAGGAGGAACUCCUGAUCAGAUAUAUUCAGUCUGUGUACUCUCUAAGCAUAGAGCUCAUAUGCUGACUGCUUAUCCCUGUGAUGCUUGUUAUGAGUUGUCCAUCUACAACCAAUGAGCCGGAGAGCUGCAGCAGCGAGGGAAGCAGCUGCACCACUUCCUCCAUCACCACCUCUGACCCAUCCUCUAUGUCUGGACACAGUCACACCACUCAACCUUCCCUCAGUGACGCCCCUGAUAUCUCUAAGCAUGAAGCUCCCCCACCUCCGCCUCUGCCACCCCCACCUCCGGGGGCACCCCCGCCACCUCCCCCCUUGGUGACAACAUCCUCCAACCACAACGCGAGGAAGAAGCGCCGUGUCCGCAGCUUCUUCUGGAAGCCAAUACCGGAGGAGAAGGUACGCGGGAAGCCCAACAUCUGGACGCUGGCGGUGCGGCAGCAGCAGUACCAGAUCGAUGUUCGCUCUGUGGAGGAGCUGUUCGGGCAGCAGGAGGAGGCGCUGACAGGCGUACGUGGGGCCACGCCAGCUGCUGGAACCUCUGCUCGCAUCUCCAGGUCCCGCUCCUUCAAGGAGAGCAGCAAGGAUGAGAUCAGCAUCCUGGACUCCAAGAGGGGGAUGAAUGUGGGCAUUUUCCUGAAGCAGUUCAAGAAGUCGAACCGCUCCAUUGUUGAAGACAUACGGCGAGGAGAGGGAAAGAUUUAUGGAGCAGAGAUCCUCAAAGACCUGCUGAAGCUCCUGCCUGACGUAGAGGAGAUCAAGAAACUUCAGUCAUUUAAAGGAGACCCAGACAAGCUGACGCUAGUCGAUUCCUUUAUGUACCUCUUAAUCCAGGUGCCUCGGUUCGAGGUUCGGAUCGAGGCCAUUGUCCUCCGCGAAGAGUUCUUCCCUUCCUGUGCUGUGAUGAGCCGAGAGAUCGAUGUCAUCCGCGUCGCUACAAAAGAGCUGAUGAGCUGCGAGGAGCUUCAUGCCAUUCUGCAUCUGGUGCUGCAGGCCGGAAACAUCAUGAACGCUGGCGGCUACGCUGGCAACGCUGUGGGCUUCAAGCUGUCCUCCCUCCUCUCAUUGGCCGACACCAAGGCCAACAAGCCGGGGAUGAAUCUGCUGCAUUUUGUCGCCAUGGAGGCAAAGAAGAAAGACGAGAAGCUGCUCAAGUUUCCAGAGAAGCUUCAGGAUGUCCAGAGUGCAGCCAGAAUCUCAGUGGAAAACAUAGAGGUGGAGUUUUCCUCCUUAUAUGUUCGUAUUAAAUCCCUGGAGGAGAAAGUUCAAGGAGACCAGGAGCUACUGCAGCAGCUGGAGCCCUUUCUGCAGAGUUCGGCACGGACGCUCCAGGACCUGAAGAGACGCAGGCUGGAUCUGCGCAAAGAGGGGAACACUCUCAUCGACUUCUUUUGUGAAGACAAGGACACCUUUAAGCUGGACGAGUGCUUCCGCAUCUUUCAGGACUUCUGCAUCAAGUUCAAGAAAGCCGUCAAGGACAACUCAGACCGUGAGUUGAAGGAAGCAGCCAGACAGCGUCGCCUGAGGGAGCUGGAGGAAAAGCGCUUUGCGUGGUCGGGUGCAGAUCAAAGCGGUGGAUUUGGUCGCAGCAGCAGCGAGAACGACGUGGAGAUGCUCACCAAGGAAGGCCUGCUGGACUUCUUCCAGCAGAGGUCUCAGAGUCCCCACAGCCCGCUGGGACGCUCCGCCAGCGCCCGCCGCCACCGUCACACCAUGACCUCCAUAGCAGAUCGAGAACUCAAAGGAUACCUGGAGCUAUUCGGAGGCACUGGAAAUCCCACCGACUAUUCCAAGUUCAACAGCCUACCUCGGUCGGGCCGUGCCAUGCAGCGGAGGAUGACCCCCUGGAUCUUAGCCCAGGAUGACAACCGUGAGCUGGGCUGUGACAGACAGGUGACGUCUCCACGUGCAGAAACUGAGCCUAUCAGCCCGCUGGCCAGGUUCUCCUCCUCUGGGCUGAAUGAUAACGACCCAUACAACAACAAUAAUUACUCAUCGGUGUCAGAGGGCAGCGCUCUGCCUCGCCCCUAUUUUGUCUUUCAGAAGUCCGCCCAUCUUCACAACCCAACAAUUACCGGCCACAUGAAUGUUAGUCUGGAGACGCACACUUUAGUUCGAGGACCUCAAGCUUUUGACCUACCUAGUCCAAACAAUAACAGCAGUCAUCUGCACUUUGUCAACCAGGGGGAUGUUGUGGUGACUGAUUUGGAAAAGGAGAGACAGUCACUUCCCUUAAAUCUGGACAUCCUCCGACAUGAUAAAGUUUUAGAAAGAGGAGCAGAUCCCAAGGCAGCCUGGGGAGGGAAAAUAGAUCCUCCCAUACAAGCCGGGGUCUCUCCUGAGAGAGAGAAAGAAGAAGAGGACAACAGCACAGUUUCGUCAACAACCUGUGAUACACCCCUCCCGCUAGAUACAUCUGUGUCCAAUAAGAAACCAAUGUUUUAUAUUCUAGACUGCACAGAGGCGGACUGCUCUGUCACUUCAGAUUACUCUGAGGUUGAAAGCUCAUCUCUUACAAAAGAGGGACAUUUCAAAACGACGACUGACUGCGGGAGAUCUGAUCAGGAGAGCCAGCAAGAUCCAAGCUCUCUGUCCUCUAAUCUGGAGUCUCCUAAUGACCAGUCCAUUUCAACCAAUGAGCUUUCAGUGCCAAAAUCUGUGGACGCAUCAUCCAUGACCCCGUCUGCUACCACAGAAGAGUGGGACACAGAGAGCUGUGACACGGCAGAGGGGAAACAAGGCGCGGAAAAAGAUGCACAGAGAAGCAGCAGAAAACCAGCGCAUACAAAGAGUAAACCUAACAAAGCGACUAAGGGCAGUGGAGGUCGCAAUGUGCGAACAUUAACCAGCAGCGAGGCUCAGGGCAUGCGGAAAGUUGUGCCCAUUAGCAAGCUUACAAGGACAGGUAGCAACAAGAGAGCAGAUAAACCUUUGGGGCAAGACAACGGAGAGUCUCGGCGGCCUCUUCGGGACCAGAGCACCCCAGCGAGAGGAAGGAGCGAGAAAACCACAAGACCUCCUCGACACUCCAGCCUGCCUCCAGACGAGUCAAAAGCUCACAGGGGAAGCAGCCUCACAGGCGGCGUUUCCAGAUGGGCACGCGAUUCGACCCCAAGAAAAGGUUCCAUCCACAAGCCGAGCGCCAAACCCCUGAGGAACAUCCCUAAACCCGCACCUGAGGAGAAGAUGUGCCGCUCCACCAUGAGAGCCCUAGCACAGGCCCAGGCUCAGGCUCAGGCUCAGGGCGCAGCUUCCUCUGAGAACAGCAGCUGUCACACGCUCAACGUAAAAAACACCUCCGAUGUCCCCAGCUUUGCUCGCAACACGGUAGCUUCAACUUCUAGAACCAAGAAGGAGCUGGCCCCUCCGUCUGUCCCCUCCACCCCGUCUCGCAGCCCCUCGCUUCUAGCUCGGCAAACACCGGGGAGGCAGAACAGGUUGUCAUCUACAGUUAGUACCAGUGAGGAGCGGCCACAAGGGACAAACCUGCGACGGGUGCAGAGUGUGAAGGCAGCCAGUCGCAGCGCCUACCGCAGCGAGACUCCCCCACCACCUUCAACACGUGAAGAAAUCCGUAAGACUGGUAGCUUUUCCGAAAAGUCCAUCCAGUCUAGAGACUCGGUGACGCCCAGCAGAGGUGGUAAACCAAGCUGGAAAUAAACAGACUGCAGAAAGAACAGAAGAAAGAGACUUUGAUGUAAAUUGAUAUUUGCUCUUCUUCCCCAUCUACAGUGCCGACUCGUAUCAUGCAAAAGACAGGAUUCUGAAAAAUGAUUUUAAGCUGUCUCACCAUGAGGUUCCUCCAGUAGCUGACUCUGUUUCAGGUUUAUGAAUUGCAAAGAGCAAGAUGCAAUGAACUGCUUCAUGAGUUCCUGUUUUGUUGUUUUCACAACUUUUCACACAAAUCUUUUUUUUCUGGGGGGGGGCAUUAACUAAACUGACAAACGGCAAAUUGGUGUUUUUACCCAGGAGCCUCUUUGCCUGCUUCGCCGUCUGUUUCCUGUAUAUGCUAGUGUCUGUGAUGCUGUUGAUGCUGAACACUACUGACUAUAUGAUGCUGCUAAUUAGCUCCGACAAUUUGAGACUGAGCUUCAGUGUCCGUUUCAUUCAGGGUUACAAGAUCUGUUGUACCUUAACUUGCUGCUGUUACAGUGUCUUCUACUGUAGUUUUGUUGCGUCCUCCAGUAGAGUAUCGCUCCUGUUUGCUUUUUGGUUCCUUUGCUUGAUACCUCAGAGAGAUCGCAGUGGCCUUGUACCAGCAGGAAAAGUAGAAUACGUUCAUUUGGCUCUGCAUGAUGAAGAUGUAGAUCUGAUAAAAUGGUUUAAACUGCAGUGUCACUUUUUUACAAAUCCCUGGUAUAAUAAUAAUAUUACUACAAUAUAUAAAGUCACAGAUUAUAAGACAGUGUAUACCAACUGUGGUACUUGUUGUACCUUGUGUAUGUAUGUGUGUCAGUAGUUUGUAAAUGUGUUAGAACUCCUCCAUAAUCUCAUGGAGUAGACGUGCACGUAGGGAAUCUUUUCCUGUAUACUGUAGGCUAACACACAAUCUGAUGCUUUAAGAGAAAAGCAUUGAACAUGUCUGAAACUACACUGAAAUAAUCAUCAGUCACGUGAUUAUGUUGACAGUCUGGUCUAAUGUUUCUACUGUGAAUGUAGUCAUGUCAGAUGUUCUCUAGGCCUGCACCUUUCCUGACACGGUUAAAUCGUAACAAUAACUGGUCAUAAUUCAGCCUAGCUCCAGUUUGUUUUUGUAGCACCAUUACAUUUGAGUCACAGAGCUGAGCAUAUGAUUUUUCAAAUAUUAAAUAUGUCAUUUGUGGGGUUUUUCAUAGAAAAAUACAGUCUGCUGCACAAAAGAGUGGUGCAGGAAUGAGUCCUAAAACCUUGAAAUGAGUUAGCAUUUUAGCUCUCCUGGUUCCCUCAUCUCGAAGUCAGUCAUUUUUGAAUGGGUUUAUGGUGAGAUACUUGAAAUAAGGUCUGUGAUUAACACAAGCUUAAAAGACUUUCACUUGUCGUCACGUGUCAAUGACAUAAAAUAUGUCUGUACGGUUUGGGGACCUCAGAAUUGCAUCUCU